AUGCCGAGGGCUGCCCUGGGCAUAUGCCUGGCCCUCGGCAUAGGGACAACACGGCUGGCCGGGUCGCCCGAGCCCGCCCGCCGCCUCCCACCUGCCCGCCGCCACCUUCCCCGCCGGUCGUCGCUCGCGCCUCUCUCACCGCCGCCCGCCGCCAGCUUCUCACCGCCGCCGUCGCUGCUCACGCCGCCCCCGGCCUCCCCUGCCGCUCGCCGCCCCGGCUGCCAAGCGCCUCUCCUCCUUCCCCCCACCUGCGCCGCCACCUGCCUCCCCGCCUCCCCUUGCCUGCCCGCUGCCGCCAUCCUCGCUCGCGCCGCCCCCGGCCUCUCCUGCCGUGCGCCGCCAUUGACCGCCACGCGCCCUCUCCUCCUCCCCCCACCCGCGUCGUCCCCUGCCUCCUUGCCGUCCGUUGUCUCAAAGCCGCCGGCGUCCCUCUGGGCAGCCCCCCGCAGCAGCCGCCGCUCGCCGUUCGCCGCCCCGCAGCAGCAGCCUCUGGACGAGAUCGAUCUGCCAUACCUGUCCUCCCGGCUCGGAGACUGUUCCAUGAUGUUUUUGUUCCACGUCACCAAGGCUGGCGUCCAUGUCGCCAUUGACCGUUGA